GUUAAAAUAAUAUGACUAAUCAGACUAUCUGAAGGAAACGGUUUAGGUUCAGUGAGUCACUUUUGUGAGAAACGCUUGAGACGAUUCAGUCUGAUUCGUGAAUGAAUCUUUGGCCAUUUUGUGAACUGGAUCAGAAGAUUCUUUGAAAAUAUCCGGAACAAAAGAACAAUUUAUUAACUAACAUCGGUGUUUUGUUCCCAAAGUUCGACGUUUUCCUAAAAUCUAGUGACUGCAUUCUGGACUGUUAGUCACAGGGACGUUUGGCCUUUAUCACCUGUUGGAAGGCUGAGGUCUGCAGCAUGUCUCUGACAGUGUCUCGAGGUGAGGGUUUGACGGUCAUCACCAUCGCCUCAAACCCAAAGAGCAAAUGGCCCGCACUGUGUCAGAUUCUGGGUAUUCUCUGCUGCAGUCCAGUGUGUUCUGUGUCUCUGAAUAAGAAAAAGAAGAUGACGAACAUCCACACAGCUCUUGGGACUAUGCAGAUAAUAGUUGGAGUCAUCAAUAUUGUGUUGGGGAUUUUGCUUAAAAGCACUUGGAUAUUCAACAACAUUACAGAUUAUGGGGUUGCUUUCUGGAUCGGUGGUACGGUCCUUGUAAUUGGAAUCAUGACUAUUCUUGCAGCUAAGUUUCCCAGUCCUUUUCUGCUGGUCAUCACAGUGGUUCUGAAUGUAGCCAGUGCUGCACUGGCUAUCACUGCUAUUGUACUGUAUUCAGUGGACCUGGCACUUGGAAAUAGCUUAUACUGCGACAGAAGUUAUUACUCGCCUUACGGCUAUGAGGUAACACCUUCCCCUGAACAGAUGAGGAACACCGAGCUCUGUAUGCAGUACAAGUAUCUAAAUAAGAUGAUCCUCGGAGGACUAGAUAUCAUGAUGAUAGUCCUGUCGGUCCUUCUGCUCUGUGUGACGAUCAGUUUCUGUGUUUUGACUGGGAAAGCUUUGUGCAAGAAGGAUGACGAUGCCAAGUUGGUGGAGGAUCCAGAACUUCACAAGCCCCUUAUGGAAGAUGCCACUGCUGGUCCUGCAUGUUAGAGAGACGAGAUAUAAAGCAACAAAUAUAUACAGUACAUACAACACCACUCUAUAUAGUAAUGAGAUGAUUUCCAAUAUGUUUAUUCUAAUCAGGUGUUUUCCUUAAACUUUUGGUUACUGCUAGAAUAUGAGGGCUGCUUUUUGAAAUGAAUGUCUUGAGCACUUUUUGGCACUAUCCCUUUUUAUGUACAUAUAUAAAGAUAGCACCUUCUGACUAUAGUAUUUUUUGUAUUAAGUUUGUGUACACAUUUAUAUUAUUUGUCUCCGUUCAAAACUGAUCUUAAAUGAACAAUGUUUUCACACCAAUCUGACAUUUACUGAACAUUUACUCACCCUCAGGCUAUCCAAGAUGUAGAUGAGUUUGUUUCUUCAUAUGAACAGUUUUUUUUUUAGCAAUAGAGAAAUUGAGCAUUACAUCACUUGCUCACCAAUGGAUCCUCUGCAGUGAAUGGGUGCCGUCAGAAUGAGUCCAAA